CUAAUAGUAACCUUUAUUGUGUAUUAUCAUAAAUAAAAGUUCUACAGGUUCUUACAAUAUACUGGUGAUUCCGGCGCACCACUACUCCAGUAUACGGGUGGUCGGGCUGUACUGAUUGGCGUAUUCAAGUCAAUGGCCGGCCACUGUUCGGACGAUGGCUUCAAUUAUAACGUUAGAGUUUCAUCGAAUAUGAAAUGGAUUUCCGAUGUGUUGACGGGAGUUAUCCCUUCACAAUAGUUCAAUCAUAAUGUAUAAUGCACAUUAUUUCAAUCUGAC